GCCCUGCCAGGUUGGCCUCUGACUCCAGGCCGGCCCAGUGCCCCUCAGCAACAGUGGGUGAUGUCACAAUGCCCUGCCUGCUGGCUCCUCUGCUGCCUCCCACCCUGACCCAGCCUCUGUCUGUCAGCCUGGCCUUGGUAAGUGCUGCCCCAGCCUGGGGAGGAGGAGUGAAGGGGCAGCCCAGGGCCCCUGUGGCCUCCUGGCCCAGCUCCUCACUGGUACAGUUAGAACGCCCUGCUGGGAUGGGUGUAGGAUUCUGGCAGCGUGCCAUUAAAGAGCCUCAGCACUCCACUUAAAGACAGGAUUUCAAAGUACAAUGCAGAGACCUUCCUAGUUCUCUCUGCCUGUGUGGGAUUGAGACAGCAAAACAUCCCACUGGGGUCAUUGGAACGGGCUUUGAUUUUGUUGGGGGUAGGUUACAGGAAAGGGUCAUGGACCCCACAGCCAGUGGUAGUAAGGGUUUGCUAUCCAGGCCAAAGGCUGUCCUCCCUCUGGGUGGGGGCCUGGCUGGUCCACCCUCCCUUAGGCUCCACCAAACAAGCCCACAGAGGCAGCAGGAUGGCAGAGGUAUCUGUAAGGGACAGCUGUGCAGCCCUCUCUCAAGUUAGCUCCUAGGUGUUGGUUAGGCCCAGACCCUUUCUGCUUUGGGAAGCACAGCCCAGAAUUGGGUAUGGCUGGGAGGAGUCCUGUGGCAGUCAGCUAAUGGCCCCAUGGGGGAAUAUCCCCACAGCCUGCCACUGCCGUGCUGGAACUCCAAGAUUCCCUUGGCACCCCUUUAGUUUGGUGGACCCCAGUGUGGGGAGGAGCCUGGAACUGGCCACUGCCUGCUGCUUCUCUUCUCUGCUGGCCACAGCAUCCUUCUUGGUGUUUCCAGUUGCUGUGACCCUGCCGGAGUGUGGAGUGGGCGCUCCUGGCUGCCCGGCCCCUCCCUGGCAAGGACAGUCACACCUACAAAGAGGCUGCCCCUUUUCUAAGACCUGCAGCUGCGCAGGAGGAGCACACUGCUCUAGGGGGCGGCAGUGUGGCAGGCACAGGCAGCAUGUGUAGUAAGGCUGCCCAUCCUUGGGGACAGCUGCCUCCAGGACAUGGCUGGGCUUAGCGUACACAGAAACACAGGAUUAAAGUCAAGUUUAACUGAGCACAUCCUGUUUAUAUUUUAUCUGGCAACUUGGAGAUUCUGUAAGAAAAGGUUUCUGUGGCCAGAGAGGCUUGAAAAUAACAUUCCCUAGAGCCCUUUUGGAGAGUUGUGGGGCAUGUCAGAUUAGUGAAGUCAAGUUUUGCAGUUAAAAUAUACAUAAACAUACACAUACAUAUGUAUAUUAUUUUUUGCUUUACAAAACAAGUUCUCUGCUUGGAUUUGACUGUUGAGUCCUUGAAUGUAAUCUCAUGGACCCCCUGGGAAGCAUCCCCAGUGCCCACUUCCUUCCCCCAGGAGAGAGGGCAUGGGGGAGGCGGGUGCCUUGAGCUUGCUGCCGUGUGUUCCACUGUGUUGCAACUGCCUUCUUGUGCUUGCUUUUUAAUGCUGUGCCUGGAAGAUGAGGAGCGGGAAGGCCUCUUGUGCCCUGGAGACCGUGUGGGAGGACAAGCACAAGUAUGAGGAAGCUGAGCGGCGCUUCUAUGAACACAAGGCCAAGCAAGCCGCCGCCUCUGCCCAGCUGCUACUGGCCGAGGUGCCAGCUGUGAAUGGGCCCAGCCAGGAGGACAUCAAGGAUGGUGACGAGGCAGAGGCCCCUGACACCAGCUGCAGGAGUGAUCCUGGGAGGAGCCACAAUGGCAGGAAGCCCCUGCAGAAGAAGCGGAAGCGCUCCCCUAAGAGCUGGCUCGACCAGGCAGACCUGGCCCUUAUGGGCCUGUCCGCUGACCAUGUGUGGCUGGACAAGUCACUUUUCGACCAGGCAGAGAGCUCCUACCGCCAAAGGCUGGCAGACGCGGCAGUACAGGCUACCCAGCCGUUUGCCCCAGCCCUGUGGGGUCCCUGCACCCAUGGCAGCCAGGUGGCCUGCCACCAUGUGACCUGGGGGGUCUGGGUCAAUAAGUCUUCCUUCGACCAGGCUGAGCGGGCUUUCGUGGAGUGGUCUCAGGCCCUGCUGCUUGCCACUGAGGAGAGCUGCAGGCAGGGGGCUCCUGACACAGGCCAGUGGGUGGCCACCCCUAACCUCACCUGUCAGCCCAACCUGCCAGCCAAUGGCCAGCCCCCACUAGGCAGCCUACAGGCACUGGUUCGGGAGGUGUGGCUGGAGAAGCCCCGGUACGAUGCUGCUGAGAGGGGGUUCUACGAGGCCUUGUUUGAUGGCCAUCCCCCUGGGAAGGUGCGCCUGCAGGAACGAGUUGGCCAGACUGAGGGUGCCCGGCGAGGCCGCAAAGACCGGCGGGGCCGCAACGCCAUGGGGACCAAGCGAGCUGGGCCACGGCGGGUCGACGGGGAGGCUCCGUCUGCCUUGCCCUGCUGGUAUUUUCUGCACAAGGAUGCGGAGGCCCCUUGGCUCAGCAAGCCCACCUAUGACAGCGCCGAGUGCCGCCACCACACUGCAGAGGCCUUGCGCAUGGCCUGGCGCCUUGAAGCUGCCUCCCUUGCUCAACGGCCUGGUCCCCGGUCUGGCCCGUCCAUAUCCAGCUUAAGACCCAACAGAAAAAUGGCUACAAACUUCUUAGUCCAUGAGAAGAUCUGGUUCGACAAGUUCAAGUACGAUGAUGCAGAAAGGAAAUUCUAUGAGCAGAUGAACGGGCCUGUGGUUGGCUCCUCCCGCCAGAGCACGGGCCCUGGGGCCUCCAGUGGGCCUGGUGGAGACCACAGUGAGCUCAUCACCCGGAUCGCCAGCCUAGAAGUGGAGAACCAGAGCCUGCGAGGCGUGGUACAGGAUCUGCAGCAGGCCCUCUCCAAGCUGGAGGCCCGGCUGAGUGUGCUGGAGAAGAGCUCACCCACCCACCGGGCCACAGCCCCACAGACCCAACACGUGUCUCCCAUGCGCCAAGUGGAGCCUCCAACCAAGAAGGCAGCCACACCAGCCGAAGAUGACGAGGACGAUGACAUUGACCUGUUUGGCAGUGAUAAUGAGGAGGAGGACAAGGAGGCAGCCCGGCUGCGAGAGGAGAGGCUGCGGCAGUACGCAGAGAAGAAGGCCAAGAAGCCGGUGCUGGUGGCCAAGUCCUCCAUCCUGCUGGACGUCAAGCCUUGGGACGAUGAGACAGAUAUGGCCCAACUGGAGGCCUGUGUGCGCUCCAUCCAGCUGGACGGGCUGGUCUGGGGGGCCUCCAAGCUGGUGCCUGUGGGCUAUGGCAUCCGCAAGCUGCAGAUCCAGUGUGUGGUGGAGGACGACAAGGUGGGGACCGACUUGCUGGAAGAAGAGAUCACCAAGUUUGAGGAGCAUGUGCAGAGUGUUGACAUCGCAGCUUUCAACAAGAUCUGAAGCCUGAUGAGCACUUGCGUGUCUGAGAGUGUGGCCCUGCCAUGAUUAAAGACUGAGUCUCCAGCC